GAACAGGUGGACCAGUUGGUGAGGAAAAGGCUGGAGCAGGCUUUUGGGUCUGUCUUUAGCAAAGUGCUGACGGCAACAGAGCGAGCAGCUCAGGCAGCUGAAGCCCAAGCGCAAGCAAACCGCCUGGACGGUCUGACAAAAGGGCUGAAGCUUGAUAUCUGGAAGCCCAGCAACCGGGAAGAAGAGCUUAGAGGUUGGAAGGAUUGGUUCUUCCAGCUCCGCACGUGGCUUGCCAGCCACGACAGCAAAUUCGAGGAAGACAUCGGCGGCAUAGAGGUGGACGUUGAGCAAGAUCAUGCGUUUCUGGACGCGGAAGCCACCAUGCGGAGCCAAAAGCUGUUUGGAGUCUUGUGCUCCUACGUGAGGGGCCGACCUCUUCUUUUGGUGAAGAGCCAAGAGAGCACGAAGAAUGGCCUGGAAGCCAUUCGGCUCCUGAAGCGGGAGAUGGAGCCGCGCGAGAGAGCGCGAGCCCUGGCCAUUGUUCGCAACCUGGCCAGCUGGACCUUCAAGGAAGGGGGCCUCCAUGAGCAGCUGGUGGCCUUUGAGGAAGCAGUGACUGCCUACGAGCGUGCGAGCGGCAAGGUCUACUCCCAAGACCUUAUGAUCGCCACGGUGGUCACGGGGCUAAGAGAGCCUCUUCGCAGCCAGGUGCAACUGAGGAUGAACGACAAGACAGAGUACAAAGACUUGCGCGAAUGGGUCCUUUCCUAUGAGUCCGUGAAUGCCCCCUGGUCUGUGUCAGUUCCGACCUCGAACACCAAGGCUUCCCAUGGCUAUGGGCAGGAAGCAACACCAAUGGAGGUGGACCAGAUCAAGGGCAAGGGCAAGAAGGGAAAGUACGGCAAAGGCAAGGACAAAGGCCCGGGGAAGGGCGUGAAGCAGAUUGAGGAGCAGACUGCCCACAGCCAGGUCUCCUCGGGACAAAGCGUUGCCUCCACGUCUGCGUCUGCCUACCGAACGCCCUCUACAGUCCAAGUGGUGCGGGCCAUCCACGCCGAGGUCGACAGUGACUUCGGCAACUUCUCCUUGGAGGUGUUGCAAAUCUGGACCGACCCCUGCACCUCAGAGAUUGUGGUGGACAGUGGUGCUGAUAUUUCAGUCGCUCCCCUCUCCUACCAGCACGCCGGGGAGCAAGCAGCAGCAAGCAGGGUCCUGAUGCAGGACGCCCAGGGCAACCGGAUCAUGGAACGUGGUGACGAUCAGGGAGAAGUUUGCGAUUGCGGCCGUGAACUCGGUGAUCCUCUCCUUGGGGAAGCUCUGAGGUCAGGGUGGAACUUGGGGCACAACCCCUCGGGCCCCACCAUAGCCAAGGAUGGCUGUGAAAUUGCGGUGGGCCUUCGGCGAAACACCCUUGUGAUUGCAGCUUCCAUCUCGAUGGUGGCGGCCUUGGACAGUGGAGCCCUGCCACCUGAAGGGGAAGAAGCAGUGGAAAGCCCAGGCUGGCACAUCCUGCCCUCAGGUCUUCCCUUCUUUGUGGGGCACAGCUGCCUUGAGAUCAGCCUGGAAACCUCAGUUUGGAGUGCAGAGGACUGGGCUUGGAUCGCAGUUUUUGUGCGGAAGGAGCCAGCCACAAGAAAGCCACAGGCUGGCGACGUGUGGGUGCAGGUCUGGACAGGGCCUGCGGAGACAUUCCCAGAGACAGGCCGAGCCAUAGCAGAGAUUGAGGAGGAGCUUGGUGGCAGAAGGGAUUUUGCGGUCCUUUUUCAUGUGGAGGAAAUGCCGGAGAAUGUUCUUUCAUGUCCUGGUGCUCUCUUUGCCGAGCCGGCAGAGGAUGAGCCAAUGGCGGUGCCAGCGGAGGAGGUCGACGAUGGAGGCGGCAUUGGUGAUGAUGAUGUUUGGGCCGGCCGCCCGGUGCAAGGGCAAGAACAAGACAAGGGUGAGGAUGAUGGCAAACUUGACGGGAUCGCCCUGGAUAUGGAGACGCCCCUGGCCGAGCUUCGUGACCUUUGCAAGAGGCUAGGUUUGGCUAGCAGCGGGCCAAAGCCCAAGGUCUUGAAGAGGCUGAGGGUGCACAAGGAGGUGCUCGAGAAGCAGCUUGCAACAGAGAUUGCCCAGGGCAUCUACAAGGAGCAAGAGCGAAACCCAGACACCAUGAAGGUGCCUGUCUUGCCCACGCCCCAACAGCAGGAGGCCCACUUCAUCACUCACCAGCCUUUUGCAAGCUGGUGUUCAGCUUGUGUUUUGGCAAGAUCGCGCCAGACACCGCACAGCCAGGGGAAAGAAGCCCAAGCAGAGAAGGAUGGAGACAAGAAGCUCACAACCAUCCAGAUCGACUAUGCCUACACGUUCACCGGCGACCGUGGGAUAGCAGAGGAGGAGAAGAGCAAAGAAGCAAGCGAGGAGCAGCCCAGCCAAUCGGGAGACCCAGAGCAGAAAGAGGAGGACGACAAGGCCAACCAGUUCGCCCUGAACCUUGUCGCCGGCGAGGCUGUUACUGGCUGGCUUGCUGGACUCCCGGUGGUGGCAAAAGGGGCCGCCUCUCUAAAGAGGGUCACCGAAACCUUGGUCAGGACCUCCAUCCUGAUUGCUGGGUCAGAAGAUGUGGUGGUGCAAGGGGACACCGAGCCUGCCAUCGGCCAGAUCCUCAAUGCCAUCCAGGCGUGCAGGGCAAGAUUGGGCCUGAGGACAGUGGUCAGGCAGGUGCCCAGGGACUCGCACCAGUCCAAUGGAGUGGCGGAGAAGGCGGUCAGCACACUCAGGAGGCUGGCGCUGACACUCAAAGCGCACCUCGAAGAGCGAAUCAAGGCCUCCACCAGUGGGUCUCUUCCGGUGUUUGCCUGGCUGAUGAAGCAUGCCGCGUUCCUGCACAACAGAUUCUUUGUGGGGACGAAAGGCACUCCGCCCUAUGAAGCUGUCCACGGGCGGCGCUUUAGGGGAAAGCUUAUCCCCUUUGGCGAAAAAUGCAUCGGGUAUGUGAAGUCGAAGUUCAAGGGAGACUUGCAGUGGCGCAAGGCUGUCUUUGUGGGCGUCAACGAGAGGACUGGUGCCUAUGCUCUCCUUGGCGAGGAAGGAGGCUUUGAAACGAGGGUCUCCCAUGGGACCUUGGAGGCCAAGUCAAGCGCAAGAGAGCGCUUUACACUUCAAGGGAGACAGCUCACCUACCUCCUCUUCCUCCUCUUCACCUUCCAGCCCAGGGCAGCCGCAGCAAGCAAGGGCAGCACCAGAGCCAGAGAGGCAGACCAGCAGCAGAACCAGAGAGGAAAGCCGAAGCAACAGGCAGACCAGCAGCAGAACCAGAGAGGUCCCGAGCCGAUGGAAGUGUCCAAGUCCAGCCGACCAGGAGGUGGAACAGGCGAAGCCGAAGGCAUAAGCAAAAGAGCCAGGCUUCUUCUCGAUAAGCCAGCACAGGGCUCACCCACUUCUGGGUCCAGCCUGUAUCCACCAGGGUUUGCUGGAAUCCGGGCUGUGCACAAUGACGUCCUGGCCGAAGAGCUGGUCGAUGACGAGGCCUGGUCCGAGGAGCUGUUUGAAGCCAUGGCAAGAGAAGGGACAGAGGAUGAUUCUUGCGAGGACAGACCGCCUGAGGUUACGCCGGACGAGCUUGCAGCAAUUGACUUUGAGAGCGACAAGGUCGAGGUGGAGCGACUCGUCUCCAUGGGGGUCCUUCGCAAGCCCCACAAAGGAGAGGACCUUUCAGGACACAGCAAGCUUACAACAAAGAUGGUUCGCGAUUGGCGGCGGCGGCCGCACUGGAUACGCCGAUCUCGGCUUGUGGGCCGUGAAUACAAGACUUGGGAACCCUGGCGGGCCGAACUCUUCGCACCCUCCUCUUCGCUGGGCGUUGUCCACUCAGUGAUGGCAUGGGCUUUGACAAUGGGGCUGGAAAUUUGUACGAUAGACGUGAAAGACGCCUAUCUGAAUUGCCAGCAAAAGCAGCCUGUGAUUGUGGAAGUGGACAGCCGGCUCAUAGGCGAAGAUGCUGGGAUGAUGACGUUUGUCCUGGAGCGCAGCCCUGAACCCAUGGGUCUUGUUCUCCACGCUGACGACGGCAUCCUCGCAGCCUCCCGUCUUGGCCGCGAGAAGGUCAUGGCAAAGCUGGGUGAAAAGGUGGUGGUACAAGUCAGUGAACCCCUGAAGGAACUCGGGGACUCGCUUGAGUUCCUCAAGAGAAAGUACAUCUUGGAGGAAAGUGGGAUUGUGAUGUUCUCUGGGGAAAAGCACCUUGAGGGGCUGGUCGGGGCAUUGGGCAAUCACAUCAAGGCCCGCGACGCACCCACAGACCAGUCUGUGAUCGAGCCCGACACGUCAAGCGAGCUCCCAGAGGCGCAAGCCAAGGUGUACCGAGAAUGCGUGGGGAGGCUUCUCUACUUGAGCCAGACCCGCCCGGACAUACAGUUCGGGACGUGCGCCCUCACAAGCAAGAUGGCCAAGCCGACGAGCACAGGAAUGAAGCACCUAGGAAAGGUGGUCGGCUACCUCCUCAAGUACCCGACCAUUGGCUUUCUCAUCAAGCCGAUCAAGGAGAAAGCUUGCGUGGACUAUGUUGGAGAUGGGCCCUUGUUCGAAAAGGGGACAGUCGUCCUGGAAAGCGUCUCGGACGCCGACUGGGCUGGGUGCAAGACCUCAAGAAAGAGCCGCUCGUCUGUGCAGUUUUUUCUUGGAGGGUCGUUGGUUGGAAGUUUUGUUCGCAGCCAGCGCACCGUGGCGCUCUCCUCGGGAGAGUCGGAGUUCAAUGCUAUGAUCUCUGGUGCCUGCGACCUCCUUUACCUUAAGGAGUGCUUCAGCUAUGUCACCAAGGACCUCUUUGUGGUCAAGGCUGUGUCGCGGUCUGACUCAGCAGCCGCUCGAGGCAUCGGAAGCCGUGUGGGGUGCGGCAGAGUGAGGCAUCUUCACUGCAGCUUCCUCUGGCUGCAGGAGUCCGUGCGCAAGGGAGACGUGGAUCUCCGGCCGAUUGGGGGUCAGCGAAACCCCGCAGACAUUGGGACGAAACCGUUGCCAGGAAAGAAGCUGCGCGAGUUGCUUUACAGGUGUGGGGCUAUUGGGCCCGAUGGUGAGAGGUUUGGCGCUGAGGAGCACCAGGAAGCCGAGCAGCGUGCAACCGUGAAGCGGUUGCUGACCUCCACCGCCACAAGCGGUGCUAGCCUAAAGAAGGCCCUGCCAGUGCUGAUGAUUUUGGCGCAGGUUUUGGGAGCAGAGGGUUUUGAGGGCUUGGGUGUGGCUAUGGCCGUGAACCUUCUCGAGGACACCGUUGUCACCCUCGCUUCCUCUGCGGCCUCGGUGUUGAUCCUGAUGGGUUUCUUCAUUGGCGCAGCAUGGGCAGUGCAUGCGUGUGGAAAGAGCUUAUGCAGAAAGCAGAAAAAGCAUGAGACAAAGGAAGCCAGCAGCCAAGCCAGCCUUGGCCCCAGCAAGUCAGAGGAGAAGUUCAUGCAGGAGUAUGUCACAAGGGCAACCGAACUUCGCACAGCACUUCAUGAAGAACACCAGACAGUUGAGAGCUGUGAGAAGGAACUUGUGAAGGCUCUGGAGCUUUUCAGCCAGCUCCCCGAGCACCUGCAGCCAAACCGCUACACCUACACGGCCCUCUUCGACGCAGUGGUCAAAGGCGGAGGUCCCCAAACGGUCCUCUGGGCUUUGUGGAACCACCUGCAGCGGAGUAAAGUGACGGCGGAUCUGCAGCUCAUGAGCACGAUGCUGCAAGGCUGCUCGGACGUCUCCGUGGUGGAGGAGCUCUUGGGGGAGCUGGACUGGCAGGGGCUGACGCCCAACCUGGAGGUGCUCUCGAGCAUGCUCGGCUGCCUCCGACGCGCGGGCGCGGCGACGAAGAAGACCUGGGAGGUGCUCCAGGUGGCCAAGAGCUGCGAGCUGAGCCUCGACUGCCAGUUCCUCGUCCAGGUGGUGACGGCGCUUGGCUUCGCGAACGAUACAGGUGCCGUGGUUCUUCUCAUGGAGAGCGUCCGCGAGGUCUACAAGGUGGAGCCCGACGUCUUCCUCUACACUGCAGCGAUCUCGCAGUGUGCCCGAGCUGGCGAUGUUGCUGGUGCUGAGACCGUCAUCCGCCUGAUGCAGCAGGACCAGGUGGAGCCCAACGAGCACACCCACUGCGCUAUCAUCGCCGUCUAUAGCAAGGCUGGCAAACUGCUGGAGGCCGUCCGACAUUUCCAGGAGGCCAACGAGAAGGUGGCUCUGCCCAUCGAGGGCUACACGAGCCUCCUCUCCGGCUGCCGGGCCGCGCUUGACAACCGCUGCGCGCUGCAGAUCCUGAAGAAGGCCAGACUCCAGGGCCCCGUCAAGUCUGCGUGCUACACGCUGGCCCGCCAGUCCUGUGCCUUAGCCGGGGACGAGGCAGGUGCCGCCAAAGUGGACAAGUGGCAGAAGCGAGACGGUGUGAUCACCCACGUCCCCACGAGUACCGUGGAUGACCCUUCCACGGGGGAGCGGCUCCCUUUCCAGCCCGGCAACGACGACGUGGCCGUGGCUGCCUGCGUGCAGCGGAUGAUGGGCCGCCUCAAGAGCGCUGGGUUCUUUGGUAGUCCUUGA